GACGCGUUGCGUAUGAUGCAAUCAGCGUGUGACGUCGCCUGGUUGCAGUUGUUGUUGUAGUAGUGAUUGUAAUGGCCGAGUCGCAGCGAAACUGUUUGUGAUCGUGCGCGCUCUGAAAUUGAAGAAGGCAUCCAUAACCCGACAACAGGAUAGGACGACUUGGAUGGGGAACUUCACACCUUCUUUAGCUUAUUAUCUAAAAUGAUUUAAAUGGAGAAGCAAUAUUUGGAGCAACAGAAUACACUAGGAGAAAAGCUUUAUAAUGCUAUUGUCCCACGAUAUCCAGAAAUGGCUAUAAAACUAACAGGAAUGCUGCUGGAGCUCCCAGUUCCUGUACUGGAUCAGAUGAUACAGGAUGACAAGUUGCUGUCUGCUGGACUUCAAAAAGCAUUCAGCACACUCCAGAAUUCUACAGAAAAGUGUCAAAGCAUAAAUAAAUGUCUGUUUAAAGGCGGGCAAGAUGAUACGGAUUCUGAUUCCACUGAUUCAUUAGGUGAUCAAUUGUAUGACCUAGUGGACAUCCAUAAUACUGGGCACAGUGAAAAAAUAACAGGUAUGUUACUGGAAAUGGGACGUAAAGAAGUAAAGAAACUCGUCAGUGACUUGGAUCUGUUAGAACAAAAGAUUCACAUUGCACAGGAAGCACUGGAGCUAAAAAUGCCAAAUGAGAGGGAGAUGUCCAAUAAUUCAGAUUUUGACGAUGUGAAAGAGAACCUGGGAGAGAAGAUUUUUGAACAGGUCGAAAAGAUCGAUCCACAGAACUGCGCUUACAUUACUGGAAUGCUAUUGGAACUGGAUCCUUCAGCCAUUCAGGUGCUGCUGACUGACAGGUUAGCACUACAUGCUGCUGUUCAAAAAGCACAGGCAGUACUGUCCCAGUCAGCUACUCAGAAUCCGGAAUUGGUGAACGGUGAAGAUGGAAGUGAUCUGGACAGUGAAACUGAACAGCUCGGAGAGGAAUUAUAUUGUUACAUCAACAAUACAAAAUACAGUGACCAUGCAAGCAGGAUAACAGGAAUGCUGCUCGAGAUUCCACACAACCACUUAACAGAACUGCUGAAAUCACCAGAAGAGCUAAAUAAGAAGAUUAAGACUGCAGCUUCAGCACUUGAAGAUGACUGAAAAUACUCUGUUAGAACCUUUGUAAUUUCUAAAUAAUUACAAGAUUUCCUAUCACAGCCACAUCAAUUUAUUUUGUUUUGAAUGACUAUUAAUUUGAGAGAUUAGCAAAUUAUAGGACAAUUAUGGCAUGUAAACUGAUUGAAUAGAGUGAAGAACUUUCAACUGUCUGCAUUUGUAGUGCCAGAAAUUAUCUUUAAAAGGCAAGGCAUUUAUUUAUCUACAAUAAUGCCUUGGAUUUCCACAGUAUGCCAGAAAUAAGACUGUUUCCGACAGGUUCUUUCCCCCUAAACAAAAGCUUUACUAUUUAAUGAUUAGAGGCAGAGUGACUAUACUGCUUCUGAAAGACAAUUGGCAUAACUUUCAUUUAUAAGUUCUUUAAAAUAAUGUAACACCAUUUCCUAAAUUAUAGAAUCUUAUAAUUCCUAUACCAGUUACAGAUUUUAAAAAUGCUAUACAGAAAACAAGAGUACUUACCUCCUGGCUGCACUUUUAGUUGGGCAUCAUACUGCAUUUUCUCAAAAAAAUUAAUCUCCACACAGUAAAUUGUAUAUUUUUAAAAAAUCCAAGGGAUUCUUAUCCUUUGAAGCUGUUCUUCAACCAUUUGCUUUCAAAUUUUGUUUAGGGAUAUUAUCACAGUCCUGUUAGGCAAAAAUUACCAGAAGCAUGAAAUUUGACUGAAGAUUCUUCAGUGAUCCUAGGUUACUUGCAAAUGGAGCAGAUUUACAUUUUAAAAAAUGUAAUACAGGAGACAUUUUUAGUUCAAAUUUAUAUUGUUACCACAGCAUGGCAGAAUGUAUAAUGUGAUUAACACCAGGUAUUUAUAUAAAAGAUAGGUUUACAUGGAUCAAUGCUAGUUUAUGGAACGUUGAGUAAGGGAAACUGGAAAGUAUACUUUCUAGAGGAUGAUCUUGUUCCAGUCUGGGGGUAUUUCAUCUUCAUUUGUCUCUGCUUCAGGUAUUUCUAGCCUAUGUAGCCCUUGCAACUGAGAAUGUAGGGUAGCAAUUAGUUGCCAGUCUCCAUGGUAAUACCUCUGUAUACCUUCUUACUGUCAGAGGAAAAGGAAAAAGUUUUGAUCCUCAUUUUUAGCUUUGUGCUGUGAUGCAGCUGCAUUUUGGUUAUUUAAGUUGAUAAUGUAAGUCCAGAUUGUUGCGAAUGAUCUAGAUUAUUUUGUAUCAUUCAGAUAUUUAUUGGAAUGUCAUUGAUUGCUUCUUCUGUUUAAAAUGGGAAGAGCAGAAGGGGGCAGCUUGUCAUUGUCAGACAGAAUGUCAGAUCCUAAUACUAAUGUUAUAAAUACACAGAUGACAUCUUGUUGGUUAAGUGCAUGUUAUACCCAGUAUAUAGAGAAUAACUAAAUUAUAUUGUUAAUUCAGUUGCAGAAUACCAAUGAAGAAUGAACAUUUUUAAAGUAGUUCCUUUGACUAUUCAUUUUUCCUGUAAUAGACAGGACAUAUCAGUACUGUAGACUGUCGAUCCAAUGUAGCUCAACUGAAAGAUAGGAAAACAGUUUUAUGUUCACAUUAAAUUUGUGUUUUUGAGUGCAAUAUUUCUUUGACUGAACUGACCAAAUCAACUCACGAUGGAGUUGUUUGCUUUUCUUAGUAGUAAAAUAAUUUAUGAGUUUAAAAAUAACAUUGAGUAUUGAAAUCUAGGCUGCGAAAAUGAGUAAACAUCAAUUUAGUGUUUAAAAAUAUUGGAUGAAGUAAUUCCACUAUUCAAAAAUAAGUGAAUCAUUUUGCUUUUAUAAAAAUGUAAGACCAACUUUUUAAAAGAUUAAUUCUAGUUCAAAAUAAUCUUAGUUCAGACAAAUGGCAUUUUGGAAAUUAAAAUAAAAACAAAAUGCUGGAGCAUCCAUGGAGAAAGGAAGAGUUAACAUUGAGUCCAAUAGGACUUCUUCAGAACUUUAUUCCACUAUCCACAAAUGCUGCCAGAUGGGAGUUAUUCUGUUUUUAUUUCAGAUUUCUAGUUUGCAUAUUAUUAUGCUUUCAUUUUGGAAAUUGUUGUUAGCUUAACUCUUAAUUUGGGACAUCUAGGCAACAAUGCAGUAAACUAAUAGUGACAGUUAAAUUAAAACAUGAUAAAGUUCCGAAAAAAAUCGUAGAAUUAAGAUAAUUGCUAGUGCUGUUGAAAUAUUCUUUACUUGGAAUUAUGUUUACGUUUGUUGUUUUGCAUUGAAGCUGAUCAUGGUUGUUCAUAUUGUACAUUUCAGACCAUUGUAAAUAAACCACUGCAAAACGGUAUCAAAUAUAAAAUAUA